AUGACCAGACUUUAUGUUGCUAUUGACCGUCUUGUUCCCAAUGAAGAUGAAAAUGAUACUUUGAGACAAGAAUUGAAUCUCUACAUUGAUUUAAGUGGACAAUUUGGAUCCCCAGCUGCUAAAAGGAGUAUGACAAAAGUUGCACCGUAUAUAUGGUGGUGUUCUUAUGGGAUAGAUACACCUAUCUUACAAAAGUUUGCUAUCACGGUUCUUAGUCAAACUUGUAGUGCUUCACCUUGUGAGCGAAAUUGGAGUACAUUUGAUAAUCUACAUUCUAAGAAAAGAAAUUGUCUUUUGCAACAAAAACUAAAUGAACUUGUAUUCAUCCAAUACAACACAAGGUUGCAAAAGCGCUUCAUGUCUUUACAAAACAAAUCUUUGGAUCCUAUUUUGCUACGAGAUGUUGAGGAGAAUGAUGAUUGGACAAUACCAACGAAAGAUGAGCUUCAAGACUUUGUGGAUGGUGGUGAUGACCUUCUUUGGUCAGAUGUGCAAGAAGAAAUGGGAGCGAAUGUAGACGCUCAACCAAAUAUUAGGAGCAAACGAGAGCGUUAUAGAGAUGAUGAUGGUGAUGAUAUUACAGAUGUGGGGAACGAUCUUGAUGAAGAAGUGAAUGCUUUGGAUGAUGUUGACUCGGAAGCCGAACUCGUGCCAUGCGAUUAA